AUGUAACUCAGAUAGCACUCAAGGUCUCCAGAGAAUAACUAACUUUGUAGGACGCUUUUCCAUUUUUUUUUGAUAACUCAUCCUCUCAGAAUCUACAAACAAGAUGCCAGCCAAGACACCCAUCUAUUUGAAAGCUGCCAACAAUAAAAAAGGGAAGAAGUUCAAACUAAGGGAUAUCCUGUCUCCUGAUAUGAUCAGUCCACCUCUUGGAGACUUCCGCCACACCAUACACAUUGGAAAAGAAGGGCAGCAUGAUGUUUUUGGGGACAUCUCCUUUUUGCAGGGAAACUACGAGCUCUUGCCUGGAAAUGAAGGAGAAACCAGAAUAAGCCAAGCUGACGGCCACAAUGAAUUCCUAAGGGCAAACAGCACUUCCGAAUCCAUGUUUACAGAAACUCCAUCGCCAGUGCUCAAAAAUGCCAUUUCCCUUCCGGCCAUCGGGGGUUCUCAAGCCCUUAUGUUGCCCUUAUUGUCACCAGUGACAUUUAAUUCAAAGCAAGAAUCCGUCAGGCCAUCUAGAAAUCCUAGGCUUAGCUGUGAGCCAGUAAUGGAAGAAAAAUUGCCGGAGAAAGGUAAACAGCUGAAGGAUGGAGAAAUAUACAGAGAUGACAUAUGGGAGCAAAAUGGUUCUUCGUCACACUUAGCCAAUGGCAGAGACAGUCACUCCUCCAGCCUUUCCGAACGGUGCUCUGAUUGGCAAACAGUUGAUUUAUUUGAUGACAGUCGACUUUCAUGUGAACUAACCAAGACAGAGACUAAGUCAGAAGAAUCCCUUUCAGAUCUUGCAGACUCUCUUCUUUCGUUACAGCUUGACUUGGGACCUUCACUUUUGGAUGAGGUCCUUAAUGUAAUGGACAAAAAUAAAUCUUAGAACUGGUACCUCUUGCUUCUUUAUAAGUCAUUCAAUUUAAAAAAAAAACACAACUCACAAGUAAAGACACUUAAAAAUCAGCUGUAUUUGCAGUUGUUCGACGGGUUUUCUAAAAGUGUUCUUAAAAAAUAUUUUUUUAUCUAUUGUUUUUUCAUGAGUUUUAUUACAGUAAAUUCUCGUAGCAGGAGGGUAAAUUUUAAUAACAGUUUUCAGCAAACAUAAAAUGUUUUAAGUACCAGUAUUAACAAUCAGAAACUUAAGAAAUACAGUUUGAGGAUGAUACUGAUUAUGACGUUUGGUUAGUUCACUCUUACGGGCUUCUGAAUAUUUGAGAAUCUGUGUCAGUAAGGAGACUGGUAUUAAUUCGUCACCUUUAUAAAUUAUUGCAACAUCACUUUACAUGUAGGCGAACAUUAUUUCUCGAACCUUAUGUGUGGGAGUUUCAUUGUGGUUUUCUUCAUUUUUCAUAGGAUCGUUUCUGUUACACCUUCUCUGUAACUAUUUCCUCUGUUUUCUACUGCUCUGUGUUCAGAUGUGAACAAUUUGAAGGCUCUUUUGGCUUGAACAUGUGGUCCAGAGUCUCAGCUGCUUCAAACGAGCAUGCACAAAUUUAAACAAAUUGAGGCUUUGGGCUUGAUAUUGUAUAUGAAAUCGUAUGUUGUAAACAGCUAACACAUGCAAGAUAUUAUGGUUAAAUUAUUUUAAAAGUUGAAAUAUAUUUUUGUGUGCAUCUUGGCUUUUUACUGCAGAGCCUACACAUACAAUAUCUCAUCAAAAUAGUUGCUUGAAAAUAUUGGUGGUCUUCUGAAAGUUGUAUAAUUGUGUGUUUGAAAAGAAAUAUGUAUUGAUACUCCUAGCUUUGUUCUUCAUUUAUUGCCACACAUGCUUAUACUUGCAACUGAUUAUUUCAAUUUUUGAAGAAGGCACUGGUUAAUCACAAUGCUUGAUGCGUGCUGCAACAGCCAAUGUUUUGGGAAGCGUGGAUCGUUUAAUACAGUACCUACAUGGAUUGCAUAGAGACUUUGUGCAAUACAAUAAAAAUA